AUUUUCUUCACGCUCCGAUCGAACCCUAACGUCUGAUCAGUAGCUCUCACCUCUCGCUUUCGUGAAGAUUUUCUCUCGGAUCUCUGUCGAUAGGAGAUCAGAGCAGAGGCGCCAUGUUGGGUGUUGUAAGACGGAAAGUUUCGUCAGCUUCGGCGUACUGGAAAUGCUUGUAUAAACACAAGCCCCUGUCAACACCACGAGCUCGUGCAGCUAUGCCGGAAGAGAUUGCACAUUACACCAGGGGCUUUGGCAAUGCUCGGACUACUUCUCACCCUUCUUUGGCUGGACACAUGACGCUCUCUAUGCAACCAAAGAGGGAAUUCUUGAUCAACCUUCGGCAUGAUGUCAAUUUGCAGAUAUGGAGCAGGGCGUACAGUUCGAAUUCUGAUGGUGAUCUUGUUGAAGCUGUGGUCCCUCAUAUGGGUGAAUCUAUAACUGAUGGCACAUUAGCGACAUUUUUGAAAAAACCUGGGGACAGAGUAGCAGUUGAUGAGCCAAUUGCUCAAGUAGAAACAGACAAGGUUACCAUUGAUGUUAACAGCCCUGAAGCAGGUGUAAUCCAAGAGUUGAUAGCUAAAGAGGGAGAUACUGUGGAGCCUGGCACCAAGAUCGCUACUAUAUCAAAAUCUGAUGAAGGUGCAGCUCCUGCCUCACCUUCUGAUAAGAAACCAUCUGAAAAAUCUCCACCACUGUCUUCUUCCCCUGUUGAAGAGAAACAGGAGAAACCAGUGGCCAGAGUUGAGAAAGCCCCAGUAACAGAAAUGACGAAGGGAAGUUCUUCCCCUCCCAAAACACCAUCUACAGAACCUCGGUUGCCUCCUAAAGAAAGAGAAAGACGUGUUCCUAUGACAAGACUUAGGAAACGAGUUGCAACUCGAUUAAAAGAUUCUCAAAACACAUUUGCUUUGUUGACGACAUUCAAUGAAGUAGACAUGACCAACUUGAUGAAACUCCGUUCUGACUACAAGGAUACAUUUGUUGAAAAACAUGGAGUGAAGUUGGGAUUGAUGUCUGGAUUCGUAAAAGCAGCUGUCAGUGCUCUUCAGAAGCAGCCGAUAGUGAAUGCCGUUAUUGACGGUGAAGACAUAAUCUACAGAGACUACAUAGAUAUUAGCAUAGCUGUCGGCACCGGCAAGGGUCUCGUGGUUCCUGUCCUGCGCAAUGCGGAGAAGAUGAAUUUUGCGGAGGUUGAGAAAGAAAUCAACAAUCUUGCAAGCAAGGCCAAUGACGGGAGCAUAUCGAUAGAUGAAAUGAGCGGGGGAACAUUUACCAUAUCCAACGGUGGUGUAUAUGGAAGUCUUAUCAGCACCCCCAUCAUCAAUCCUCCUCAGUCUGCAAUCCUGGGGAUGCACUCAAUUGUGAAUCGGGCGAUGGUGGUGAGAGGCGAGAUGGUGGCGAGGCCGAUGAUGUACAUUGCACUGACGUACGAUCAUAGGCUGAUUGACGGAAGAGAGGCAGUGUUUUUCUUGAGAAGGAUCAAAGAUGUGGUGGAAGAUCCUCGAAGGCUGCUGUUGGACGUAUGAUCAAAGGUGAAGAAAAGAUGCUUUGAUAUUUCUUCCACAAGGUCAGACUUUGAUUUCAUUUAUUGUUGAUGCUGCUCACAAGCUCCCCAAAUGUCCUUUCUGUUUUUUAUUUUGUUUUGGUUUUGGUUUUGAUUUUGUUGGUUCGUUGGCUCGCUGAUUGAUAGAGAUAUUUUUGAAGGACUGCUGUUAUAGUGGAUUUGUUUAUUCAAUGUUUUUGCAUAACACGGUUUCUCAUAAAUGUUAUUUAAAAAAUAUAAUGUACACACAU